AUGGCCAACUCUUCUCCCUCCUCUUCCUCAUCCACGUCUGAUGCUUCCCGUCUUCCCGCAUUCCUCCGCCAGACCAAAGCAGACAUCAAGGCCAAAUUCGUUGAUCUGGAAUGGCAACAGCGCCAUCGACUACUGCAGGGCGCGCAAUCCCCCACAUCUCCCAACGAUACGCCAUCCCCCUGGUCUCGACUACCCGGCGACGUCGUCUCUACCCGCAACAGAUACGUGAACGUCGAGCCUUUUGCCCAGAACCGAAUCCACUUGCAGGUCGUCGAUGGCGCGAAUGAUUACAUCAACGCCUCUCCCAUUCAACUUGGGCGAAGGAGAUAUAUUGCCACCCAGGGUCCGAAAGAAGUCAAUGUCAACCACUUCUAUCGCAUGGUCGCCGGCGAAGCGAAGACGACCCAUCCGACCGUCGUAGUGAUGUUGACCCAGACGCACGAAUCUGGCCGGGAAAAGUGUUUUCAAUAUUACCCACUUUCGAACGCUGAAUCACCUUUGACCAUCCCUCCGGACCCUGGUUUCCACGACGACUUUCAUGGAGAAGUCCGUCUCCAGAGUGUCCGAGACGAUCCGACCACUCGAAGUCAGCUGCGCACGUUGCAACUACGAACGAGCAAAGCCGGCUCCGACCCUCACGAAAUGGAAAUCCAGCAUCUGCUCUUUUCCGGCUGGCCCGACUUUCUUGUGCCCGAAGGAGACGAUCGCGCCGCUCUCAUCGAACUGGUGCGGCUCUCUGCCGAGCUGAACCACGAACGCGAGCCUGCGGAGAUGGAAUCUACCGCCUCGACAUCCAACGAACAGCCGGACGAGUCGUCCAUAACAGCACGCAUCAUCCACUGCAGCGCAGGCGUCGGGCGAUCAGGCACCUUCAUCGCCCUCGACUACCUGCUAUCCCUCCUACACUCCGGACAACUCGACCAUGUCCCACCCGACAGAGACCCGAUCGCGGAGACGGUGGACCUCCUGCGGAAGCAGCGGAUGAUGAUGGUGCAGGGCGAGUCGCAGUUCCUCUUCCUCUACGACGUCAUGCGCGAACAAAUGCUGGCGAGAGUGCAAAAAUGGGAGCACGGGGGUGAGCGAGAGCGUAUUGGCGUGGCGCUGUGA